CCUAAAGUCGCGUUCAGAGGGGGCAGUCGCAGCUGGAGCGGCACGGAAGCUGGCGGGAGGCUGACCGAUGCGUUCAGUAGCAUAAUGACAGGCUCUGGCUCGCUGUAUGGCUGCUACAAAUCACAGAACGAAGAAAACGUACAGCUACCUCAGAGCUACAGUUCUUCCCUUUCAACAUCAGAGUACGCGGCGCCCGUGGACUCCUCCCUCCUGUACGCGCCGUGGUCGGCGUACGGAGAUGACACUAAGCAGCCUGCGGCUCCGCAGAUCGGCGUGAAGUCCAGGAUUCAGCCUGAAAGGAACGAUUAUGGCAGUGAGACAGAUUUAUAUGGACUUGUGUCUAACAUCUUGGAAGAGCAAGAUAAAUCGCAGCCGUAUUGUGCUGAGGGGAGUUGCCCUUCCAACCCGAAGUCAGUGUGGCCUCUGAAUGCAACUAGAGUCACAGACCACCACGACCUGUUGCCAGAAACUAAAAGACCAGUUGUUGGAGCUGUCUCACCACAGGGUUUUUAUGGUGGCGAAUCUGUUUCUGCUGCUGAAAAGCAGUACUUGCAAAGUGGUGAUCUUGCAUCCCAGCAUACAGCAGACGAAUGCUAUCGUGGGUUUCCUGGCAUAGACCUUGAAGAGCCAUGUGUGUACCCUUCUCAGAGUGAUCAUGCCACCUGUUACAACAUCCAGGCUCAUGAGAAUGUGAAGGCACCACCCGUAUAUCCGAACUAUCCGUACAUAAAAACUACCUUCACGCCCCAACUUGCGCAUUCAGAAUUAAUCAAAGACUUGGGAGCUGAUGCCUAUUCCUACGGAAGGGAGAAGGUGUGUCCCAAGGGAGCAGAUGCUAAGUUGCACCAAAAGUGGGCAGAAACGUUUCUUCCCCAGUUUCAAAGAUACAAUGAAAAUGCAGAUUAUGGUAGAUACAUCGAAUAUUCUCAUGCUAGUAAAGCAAAGCCCAACAAGAGCAUCAAUUGUAGCCUCCAAGAUAACAAAAAGUUAGUAAAUGGAACCAUUGAGGCACCAUCUCUGGACGUGGAGCCCCACGCUAAAUUAUUUCAAGUUAAAUCAGGAACUCAGAAAAAAAUAGAAGAUACAAUUUCAGAUCAGCAAAACUUUACAUUUCCCAAGGCUGUAGGACUUCUGUCAGAAAAACAAUUUGCAAAUGAAGCUGCAUUCUGUGCUGAUUCGGGGCAAAAGUUUGAAUAUGGAAUCAAACCUUUUGCAGCUUGUCCAGCGAAUAGUGACUGUGUGAACGGUGUAGAACAGCAGCAGUUUUCCAAGCCCGAUCUUCAGAAUUCAGAAUACUGUAAGUCCCUUCCAUUGUUGGCAAACUCGGCAAACCCUUCAGCGGGCACUAACGUCAGGCCAACUUGGAUGAAUUUUCCAACUAAAGCUGCCGCUGCUGCUGUCCCGCUUCAGAAUCCGAGUCCUUUGUUGAAACUGAGUAAUCAUUUACCUGCUUUUCCAAAAAGCUCCGGUCGUUCUAAUGAUUUUUUUCAGUUACCAUCUUCGAACUUCCCUUUGAAUAGUCAUUUAUUUCACAAGUACUGUCAAGAUCACCCUUCAUUUUUUUCAAGCCUCGAUUUUGGUUGUAACACUGCAGAACGAGCUCGGUCUGCUGCUUGCAUGGAAGCACUGGUUAGGAACGGAGAAGAGAAUCUCGUCGAAUAUUUAAGUGAAAAGAAAUUAAAGCAGCCAAAUGGGUUCUGUGACAGUUACUCAGCGCAGCAGUUCGGGGCCCUCGACAGCAGGAGCAAGCAGCGCUGCCAGCUGAAGGCGCAGUGCGAGCGCUGUGACCCGGGAGGGCAGAAACACGCGGACGGGCUGGUGCAGAACGUGUACCAGGAUGCCCUGGGCUCUCCGUUGAAGCACAGGCAGGGAAGCGCAGACAGUAACGCCAUCACUCCUGUGGCUCGCCUGCAGGCUCCAGGCUUCUCCAGCAGCUGCGCGAUGGGGGACUUCGGACGGAAUCCGCCGCUCGGCUCGAGCGCAGUCCCCUUGAGACCCGCGCCCCUCUUCGGCCACUCCAUCGUCCCGCUGAUGGAGUCUCACGGCUUGCUCUCCCGCAACGAUCUCAAAGGCUUCUACCCUUAUUUUAAUGAUAAGGUGUAUGCUGACAGUUCUCUUGCUGGUUUUGUGCCAGCAUUUGGAUUUCAAAGGCAAGUUAAGACCCGUACUGGGGCUGCCAGCGAACUUCAUGUUAGACUAGAAGAGUGUUAUGAACAGUGGAGAGCUUUGGAGAAAGAAAGAAAGAAGACUGAAUCAGCUCUUGCUAAGAAUUUCCAAGGGAAGAAGGUUUCCAGUGCUAACAACACUCCAAUCCCAAGGCUGACAUCAAACCCAUCAAGAGUUGAUCGCUUGAUUGUGGACCAGCUGCGUGAACGAGCCAGAGUUGUGACUUUACUGGGAAAAAUGGAGCGCCUCCGCAGCUCUCCCCUCCACGCCAACAUUUCUACUGCUCUCGAUGAGCACCUGGAGGUGAUCCACGUCGUGCAGUCCCGGAGAAAGGAUGAAAUUGUCAAUGCUUCGAAUCGGCAGCGGCACGGAGCUCCCCGGUGCCAGGCUGACAGAGAUGUGUUCGCUCUCGCCGUGGCCAUUAGAGAGAUGAGCGUAGCCACACGCAAAGUACGCACCGUGCUCUGGUGCGCGCUCCAGAUGACCCUACCGAAAUCUGCAGCCAGAAAACCAGACGGAGAGAAAGUUCCUCGGGAGACGGCGCAACCUGAGGAGAAAGCAAGUGCCACCAAAGCGCGGAAACACGAACAGCUGCGGCACCCGCAGCCCGAGGGCUGA